UAAACUCAACCCUCUGGCAGAGACUGUGUGAUAUCCCGGACAGUAGACUGGCCUCUCAAAUAGUUUAAUUUGGACAAAAGGACGAGCUGAUAACAAACCUGCAACAUGGCGGUGACAGGCUGCACGCAAUGCAUUAAAUAUAUGUUAUUCUUCUUUAAUUUUAUUUUCUGGCUGGCCGGAGGUGUGAUCUUAGGAGUGGCCCUUUGGCUCCGCCAUGACAGUCAAACCAGCAACCUCCUCGUACUUCAGUUUGAAGGCACCCAGGCACCAGGCACCUUUUAUAUCAGUGUGUACAUACUGAUAGCUGUUGGAGCUGUGAUGAUGCUUGUGGGCUUCCUCGGUUGUUACGGAGCCAUUCAAGAGUCUCAGUGCCUGUUGGGGACGUUCUUUUUCUUUUUGGUGAUCCUCUUUGCCUGUGAAGUGGCUGCAGCCAUCUGGGGUUUCAUGAACAGGGACACAAUCUCCAAAGAACUGAUCAACUUCUACGACGCUGCGUAUAUAAAGGCUGUGGAUGUGUCAGGGUCUCCCAGUAAAGACUCUGCCAUUGCCGUGCUGGAGGUUUUCCACAGAACACUCGAAUGCUGCGGUAAAGGAGAUGACACUGCUCUCUUCACGCAAGUCGCUGGUACCUUGUGUCCUAAAAUGGCUCCAGAACAGCUUGUGAUACGUCAUAGCUGUCAUGAUAAACUGACUGAGCUGUUCUCGGAGAAGCUCUACCUGAUUGGUCUGGCUGCUAUGGUGGUUGCUGUCAUCAUGAUCUUCGAGAUGAUCUUCACCAUGGUGCUCUGCUGUGGGAUCCGGAACAGCCCAGUAUACUAAAAGUCCAGAUAAUGAGAAACAAUGGUCCACAAGAGUCUAUGAUGGCAUUAUUUUAUUUUGUGCUUCUGCAGUAGUUCCUCUUAUGAUUAGAAAACAGCAAGAUGAAUAUCUCUGCUUUUAUUUUAGACUAGAAAAUGCUACUUGCUUUUAAUAUUGCUAAUCUAUCACAUGUUUCUUAGAAUAUGAUUUAGUUUUUAUCAGGCAGAUGUUCUGUAUUUAUCAUAGAAAACUUUAUAUGAAUCAUUUAUAGCUGCAGUAUGUUGUGAAAUAUUUCUCUGAAGUUGUUGAACUUUAUGCCAUUUUCAUGGAUGUAUAAAUUGUAUAUAUACUUGUCAUAUGUUAAUAACACUUAAGAGAGUCCAUGUAUUCCCUGUUUGAUUGUUUGUGACGUGUCUCCCUGCAGUGUGCCAGUGUUAUGUAAUUUAAGCAGCAGGGUUUCAGUGGUCCAGGGUAACUUACUGUCUUAUUGUCUUAUUAUCAGAAAGCAGUCGGCUUGUGUGUCUUUGUGUCUAAUGAACCAUUUUCAUGCUGACUUAUGACCUAUAUUAACCUGUGAAACCUCUCCUUAAAAAAUGCCAAAACUUCUUCUUACUUAACUUGUUUUAAUAAUGAUAAUAAAUUAUGUCACCUGUCUUGUACGUUUUUGGUGGCGCAUACACUACGCCAUGUUUUCUUUUAGCUUGUGGCCCCUUAAGAUGAGACAUUUUACAUCACAGUCAUUUAAAUAUGGAAAUAUGCACUCAACUCUCUUCUUCUAUGAAAUCCACAGGUGCUACAACUUCUAAAGCAAUGCAUAAGACAAAUUAAACAUUCUGCACACCACGACUUAUGCAGUAAUUAUCAUUGAAUACACAGACAUUUCAGGUCAAGCCCCUCCCCAGUGUGCUUAUUGUUAGCCAUUCACCACCCCUUGUCAUA